AUGUCCGAACACAACUACAAGUUCAACGUCACCAUGACCUGCGGCGGCUGCUCCGGCGCCGUGGAGCGCGUGCUCAAGAAGAUGGAUGGCGUCAAAUCCUACACCGUCUCCCUCGACACGCAAACGGCCGACAUAGUGACAGACGCGAGCGUCGACUACGCGGCCGUGCUGGAGAAGAUCAAGAAGACAGGCAAGGCCGUCAACAGUGGCGAGGCCGAUGGCGUGGCGCAGCCGGUGUAG